GAGAGUUUGAAUAAAACAGGAGAGGAAUUUGUUAACAGAGAAAACAAAACAAUGUACGCUGUAUCUAUUGCGAUAUUUAUUCUGUUUGAAGUCGCGAAUGCUUCACGACUGUUUGGUGAAGAAUUAAAAAAAAGAGGUUACGAGAAGAAUGAGCGACCAUAUUUUGCAAGUACAUCAGUAAACAUAUCUGUACAGCUAUUCGUUCAUUCUAUUGGACCAAUCGACGAACACGAUUUUACUUUUGUAGUUGGCUUUUAUCUUCAACAAUGGUGGAUGGAUCCCAGGCUAGCUUCAAACUCAACUCUGCAUAGUACGUCUCUGAAAAACUUUAUAUGGCUACCUGAUACAUCUGUCCAAGACGCGCGGAAGGUUAAAGAGUUUCCAGACGCUGUAAGAACGAUAGUACAGCCAAGUGGACUGGUAUACUACAGUCGCAGACUCGAAGCAACGACAAUAUGUGAGAUGGAUUUGAAAUUUUAUCCAAUGGAUACGCAAAAAUGUGAGCUAAUAUUCGAAAGCUACGCGUUUGCAACUGAUGAUAUCAAUAUCUCUUGGCACAAAGCUCCAAUUUCAAAAUCUCCCAACUUAAAUUUAAAUGGUUACCAGUUAAUCUCCAUUGAAAGGGAGGCUACCGAGGUUGCUUCUGUUGUUGGGAAUGAAUUGCAAAACUUUAAAUUCUUAAAAGUAUAUUUCUCUGUCGAAAGAACAUUAAUGUUCCACAUUUAUUUGACCUACAUCCCGUCAAUGUUGCUGCUAAUCUUCGCGUUUUGCUCAUUCUGGGUACCAGAGACUGCGGUACCCGCUCGCGUGGGAAUGAUCAUCACAAGCUUUUUGGCGAAUAUAUUUAUCCUUCAAGGUGUCAGUGAGAAGACUGUACGUGUUUCUUAUACCACUCCCAUGCAAAUUUUUCUGGUCGCGAAUAUAUCUUUAAUUGCUUGCUCCCUGCUGGAGUAUGUUAUUAUAUUGCAACUAAAGAGAAAGCGAGAGCUGCACGAUAAAGCUGUACAAAGAAAUAAUCAAGACGGGACAAAGAAUGGGAGAAAUGUUUCAGUAUCAGAAGCAAAAACAGGCAUUCUUUUACACACAAAUGGCCACAUGACAAAGACAGAGCUUACCUCAAAGAAUAAUUCACUUAACAUGGUCGUUAAUGGAGUGCACUCAACAGAAGCAUCUCAACCUACACUUGAUGUCCCAACAAAAGAUAUCCAUAUGAUUGAUCGUUUCUCACGAAUCUUUUUUCCAGUUUUAUACAUUCUAUUUUGCUCGGUAUAUUUUGGAUUUUAUCUAAAAUCCUGAGACAAUAAACUUUCUUUCAUCUUUACUUCAAAGAUGGUAGCUGUGACUCAAAACAAAAAACUUCCUUUGAUAGUUGUUAUAAGAUUUCCAAGAACUGUAACUAACUACCAGAGAUUUCUGUGAUUCAGAUUAGUACUUCUUUCGAUUAUAGUCCUGCGGAAUCAACAUCAUUGUCUAUAUAUAAGAGAGAAAAAGAAAUAUUCUGGAUAUUUGAACUAUUUUGUUAACACACUUCACAAUCACUCAACUGAAUAAUUGCACAAGGGUAUCCCAACCAACCUCCCAAAACACCAAGAGUGCUGCGUUUUCUUGUAUUUUAGAUGAAUUAUUUCUUUUUUUUUUGCAAUUGCUAACAUUUUGUAAUAUUAAUUGAUUAAAGCGUUAAUUGAUCAAACAUAAGCAAUUGUGCAUAAUUUCUUCUCGUGUAUUCAACAUGAUCCCGUUAAGCGUGUGUUUAUCGUAACCUCAAUUAGCGUGUGUUAAUCGUAACCCCACUAGGCGUGUGUUUAACGUUUCCGACUAAGCGUGGUAAUUUUGUUCUAUGCUGACCGC